AUGUAAUUAGAAAUUUAUAAAGAUAGAACCUUAUCUAAUGAUAAUACUUAAUAAAUUAAAGUAGCUGAAAUAUUAUAAUCUCUGGUACAAUAUAUAAAUGAUCUCACAGAAAUUGUUAAUCAAAUUAAAUUACAAAAUUAAGCAGAAUUUAUAAUUGCUUACUAAAGUCAUAUGAAAAAAAUUAAGGCUGAAUUAAAAGAAUUAAAAAACAAAACUGAACAAUAAAGAAAUAAUAUGUUAUAGAAUUAAGUUAAAAUAAAUCAAAAUGACAAUGAAUUGGUAAAUUUUUAUUUGUAAUUCUUAUAGACUCUUUUUAGAUAAGAAUGUUUGAAAUUAUAUGCCAAAAUUGAAUCAAAAAAUAAAGAAAAUUAAGAAUUAAAAUUUAAAUUGUGA